GGUUUGGGCCCAUUUCAUGAGGACCAGUUCAAUGGGAAGGUGAAGAAACGCGACCUUGUUUGCUUCUUUUUCGGUUCUUCUUCUUCUGCAAUCUGCAUCAGAUACAGAGUGAGGGGGUAAAACCCUAAUUUCUUGUUUUUUCCAUCUGUUCGCCACAAUCGACGACCAGAAUUUUAUUAAACGCAUGGAUGGAUUAUGCUAAAACAUUUCGUUUUUAGCUUUUGGGUAGUUGAAAAUUCCUUUGGAAAUAUGUGCAACUGGGCCAUUUCAGAAGUGCAGAGGGUUGUAACUUGGCAAGUAAUUGGAUGAUGUACAUUCUAUGAUUCAGAGUUUUGGUUGAAGUAUCACUUGUGUUCUUUGCUGUCAUGGAUGCGAAUAUUGAUGAUAAGAGUGAAAGCAGACUAUAUAUUGGUAACCUUGAUCUUAGAAUUACAGAAGCUGCUUUGCUCAAAAUGUUUUCUCCUUAUGGAAAGAUAAUUUCUGAGGACUUCUUAUGGCACACACGUGGCCCAAAACGCGGGGAGCCACGCGGCUUUGCUUUCAUCCAGUAUAGCACAAAAGAGGAAGCCGAAUUAGCCAAGGAGAAAAUGCAUGGGAGGUUCGCCUGUGGCCGGCCGCUGGUUGUUCGUCUUGCUGGCGAGAAGUGCUUGCUGGAAACAGCUGAUAAGUCUACAAAAGCAGCAAGUGAAGGGCACAAGAUGCUUCUCAUUGGUGGUGGGGGUGCCAUGGGACAGACAAGUCGUACUGCAAAAAUAGCUGCUAUAAAAAAUAAAUUGAAAUCCUUAGAGGAGGAGAGUACUAGGACCAAGAAGCAGAAGCAACGUGAAAAUAUAUAUUGAGUCAGAUUGUGUAAGUAUACAAUGAAGAGAUUAGUUCAUAAAUUUUAAAUUCACAUAGUUCAGUUUGUGACUACAGAAACUAAUUUUCCAUUUGAAAUUAUCUAAAUUGAUAUUUAACA